AUGGCGCAGGAAGAUGUGGACCUAGCCCUGGGUCUCUCCGUCGGCUCCGGCUCCGGCACUGGCAACCCCCACCUGCUUCAGCCGAAAGAAGCACCGCCGCUGGAGCCAUCGUUGACCCUGAGCCUAACCAUCGCCGUAAAGAGGGAGAAAGUGGAGGAGGAGAACAAGAGGGCCAUGAUCUACUACUCCGCGGCAUCGUCAGCGGCGGAUGACGACAUUGAGGGGUGCAACAACAGCGGUAGCAGCCGGAAAAAGCUGAAGCUAACCAAGGAGCAGUCGGCGCUCCUGGAAGGUCGCUUCAAGGAGCACAGCACUCUCGACACGAAGCAGAAGACAGCUUUAGCAAGGCAGCUCAACCUCAGGCCAAGGCAAGUUGAGGUCUGGUUCCAAAACAGAAGAGCCAGGACAAAGCUGAAGCAAACGGAGGUGGACUGCGAGCUCCUGAAGCGCUGCUGCGAGACUCUCACCGAGGAGAACCGGCGCCUCCAUCUUGAGCUCCAGCAACUCCACCACCAACAACAACGCCACCCAACCGCGUUCUUCAUGCCCGCAGCCGCCAUGCUCUCCGUCUGCCCCUCCUGCGACCGCCUCGCCCCUGCACCCGGCGGCUCCGCCAUCGAAUCUUGCCGUACACGGUCGAGCUCCUUCCUCCCUGCAGAGCUCCCCUUUUUGAUUCGCAUCGGCCCAAUUCAUGCCACUCCAUCGUGGGUUCGACCUGAGGAUUCGGCCGCCUCUUCCUCCCCUUGCCGUCCAGCCACCUCAAACUCCGCAGUUGGCCGGAUCUGCAGCUCCUUCGCCUGA